GGAAAAAAGUUAAAUCUUAUGAGCUCUUUAAUCUUCUUUGAACAUUUUUAUUGAGAUUUACUCACACAUAAGUAUCGAGUAACCGAGGAUUACGGUUUAUCCAACAUAAGCAGUGCAGUCUGGCGUGCAGGAUUCGUCACUACUGUCGGUCAACAAUUCAAAAUAUUUUUUUCGGAAAGAGAGAACAAGAAUCGCGUGAUACGUGACCGCGAUAUUAAGGUUAAUCCUGGUCCGUCUGUCCAAGUCCCACAUAAACUCUGUCGAUGGCAUGCUCUCCAUGAUUAGUAAUUGAAGUGUCAUUCGCGCGUAUAUCGAGAAGCGUGUUAAAAAAGAUAGAAAAAAAAGAUAAGCAAGAGGGUUAAAAAAAACGGGAAACAGCCAUAGAAGUAUAAUAAAAGAAUUUAUAAGAACAGAAAAUAAAAGAAAAGAAAAAAAGAGAGGAAAGAAAAAUUAAAGAAUAAAUUAAAGAAACAGAAAAAAAUAUAACUAUAUCGAAUGUAUCGUUCAUGUUAUCAAUGUCAAUAUCGAAAAGAAUCAAUUCAUAUGAUUAAAAAAUUUAAUUAAACGAUUGGUAAUCAAACAUGAUGUUGAGAUAUUGAAUUUCUGUAUUUGCAAAAAGAUCUAUUGAAAAUGACCUUUAAUUUUCAAAUGACACAUGACCUAAUGCGUUCAAAUCCUGUGCAAGAUAUAAAAGAGCCAAAUGAAAGUAGGCAGAACAGUAAUCUGAUUCACAGUUUCUGAUAAAGGUGACUUUUUGUAAAACGGAAAACUGAUUAAAAUAUCAUUUGGCUGCUAUGUAUCGACUAGGAUAUAUCGCAAUGUUCGCAGGUUUAACUGUGAUGGCGCAAGAUUGUUACGACGUCUGCAAGAAGUGUAAUAGAAGUUCUCAAGAAUUAAAACCAGUGGAUAUUAUUCAUUUAUAUCCCCAAUUACAUUUUCCUUUAAUACAAGAUACACCUUAUCUUCUUGAAGAAGAUUUUAUUAAAAAUAAGCAGAAUCAUCAACGUUCUCUUAACCGAAACAACAGAAAUUUGUUACCUGAGUACCAUAGUCUAUGUGAAACUAUAACAAAAAAAGUGCAACUAGAUGAUUCUGAAUACGAGUAUCAACCGCCCUAUUAUCAUGAAAUCUACUGUAAAAGUUAUAAUUUGUUAGAUAAUUUGCGACGUGCUGUAAAUCUAUCAAAACAGAAAUGCGUGCAUAGUGGUUUUCAUUGCGUGCAAAGAAGUAAAACGCUAUUAUUGGUAAGACGGCGAUGGGAUAACGAAUGUUGGGAACCUUUCGUCAAACAGAUUGCCAGUGGUUGUGAUUGCAUGUGGCCAGUUUCUGUUCUCGGAGAUAUAACUGAUCAUUAUUAAUCUCUAUUUUGAAAUUAUAGAUGAAGCAGAAAAGUUAACGAUUAAAGAGUGAAAAUAUCAAUUUUUUUACCAUUAUUUAAUUGAUCAAUCAUUUGCUAAAGCAAUUAUUAAAAAAAUUAUUAUGCAUAUUAUAUAAAAUUAUAAUUUAUAUUAUCUGUUCAUCAAAGUUAUUUAUUUUUGUUUAUAUGGUUAAAUGCUUAAAAAAAUAAAGAAAAUUUUUCAUUUUUUUCACCUAAAA